CUUCAACCAGGGUUGGCGACGGCAACGCGCCGAGCCUUUAAAAGGCCUCCGGGAGCGCUCACCUUCUUCCCAUCCCCAUUCCCUUCCUUGAUCCUCCUGCUCAUUUAAUAUUCAGCUUGUGUGGUAUGCUCUUUAGUUUAGCGGGUUGAGAAUCGAGGGUGAUGGCGGAGAACGGCGAGUUCAGCUUUUCCAGCGGCGGGAUGAAGAAGGCUGCGGCGGCGGCGGCGUUCUCCAAUGGGCUGCCGAAGAUCCAGACGCACGGGAGGGAGAAAUCGGAGAACGGGAUCUGCCACGACGACAGCGGGCCGCCGGUGAAGGCGAAGACGAUCGACGAACUGCACUCCCUGCAGAAGAAGCGGUCGGCGCCGACCACCCCCAUCAAGGACGGCGCGCAGCAGGGCAACGCUGCCUUCGCCACCAUCUCAGAGGAGGAGCGCCAGAAGCUCCAGCUCCAAUCUAUCAGUGAUUCGUUGGCGUCGCUGACGAGGGAGACAGGGCCGAAGGUGGUAAGGGGCGAUCCGGCCAGGAAGGCGGAGGCGACCAAGGUCGCCGCCGAGCACCACCACUACUUGACGCCGACCAUCAGCGUCAGCGACAGCGCCCUCAAGUUUACCCAUGUCCUCUACAACCUCUCCCCGGCCGAACUGUACGAGCAAGCCAUAAAACAUGAACAUGGAUCAUUCAUAACAUCGACCGGAGCCUUGGCUACCUUGUCCGGCGCGAAGACUGGCCGUUCGCCGAGGGACAAGCGCGUCGUCAAGGAUGAAACCACUGCCGAUGAGCUUUGGUGGGGAAAAGGCUCGCCGAACAUUGAGAUGGAUGAGCACACCUUCCUGGUGAACAGGGAGAGGGCUGUCGAUUACCUCAACUCUUUGGAUAAGGUAUUUGUGAAUGACCAAUUCCUCAACUGGGAUCCCGAGCAUCGAAUCAAAGUUCGAAUUGUCUCUGCAAGAGCCUAUCAUUCCUUGUUCAUGCACAACAUGUGCAUCCGUCCUACGCCUGAAGAACUGGAGGAUUUUGGUACUCCGGACUUCACAAUUUACAAUGCUGGCCAGUUUCCAUGUAAUCGAUACACACACUACAUGACUACCUCCACCAGCAUUGAUCUUAAUCUUGAUAGGAAAGAAAUGGUCAUCCUUGGCACACAAUAUGCCGGGGAGAUGAAGAAGGGUUUGUUCGGUGUGAUGCACUAUCUAAUGCCUAAAAGAAACAUUCUCUCCCUGCACUCUGGCAGCAAUAUGGGCAAAGAUGGUGAUGUUGCCCUCUUCUUUGGACUAUCAGGUACAGGGAAAACUACUCUGUCUACAGACCAUAACAGGCUUCUUAUCGGCGAUGAUGAGCACUGCUGGAGUGAAAAUGGUAUUUCAAACAUUGAAGGAGGUUGCUAUGCAAAAUGUAUUGGCCUAUCAAAGGAGAAGGAACCUGACAUUUGGAAUGCCAUCAAAUUUGGAACCGUGUUGGAAAACAUCGUGUUCGAUGAACACACUAGGGAAGUAGACUACUCUGAUAACUCUGUCACAGAGAACACUCGAGCUUCAUAUCCAAUUGAGUAUAUUCCUAAUGCGAAGAUACCGUGUGUUGGUCCGCACCCGAAGAAUGUCAUCCUCUUGGCGUGUGAUGCUUUUGGCGUGCUUCCGCCAGUUAGCAAACUUACUUUACCGCAAACAAUGUAUCACUUCAUCAGCGGUUACACUGCUCUGGUGGCUGGCACGGAGGAAGGUGUUAAGGAGCCUCAGGCGACGUUCUCUGCUUGCUUUGGGGCAGCGUUCAUCAUGCUUCACCCUACUGAGUAUGCAGCUAUGCUGGCCGAAAAAAUGCAGAAGCAUGGUGCCACAGGAUGGCUUGUGAACACCGGUUGGUCUGGCGGAAGGUAUGGUGUCGGAAAGCGCAUUAAGCUGGGAUACACAAGGAAGAUUAUCGAUGCCAUACACUCAGGAAGCCUUCUGAAUGCAAACUACAAAAAGACCGAAGUGUUUGGUUUGGAAAUACCUACUGAGAUCGAAGGUGUGCCUUCUGAGAUUCUUGAUCCAAUUAACACUUGGGCAGAGAAGGAAGACUACGAGGUGACUUUGCUCAAGUUGGCCGGCCUUUUCAGGAAGAACUUUGAGGUGUUUGCCAACUAUAAGAUUGGUCAGGAUGGCAAGCUGACUGAGGAAAUCCUUGCUGCAGGGCCAAACUUCUGAGCCAUGGUGAAAAAAAAGAAGGAAAUUAGAUAAAUAAAGAGGUAGUUUGUGUGGAAGAGUUAAAGCUUAGAUGACCUCAGUUAUGUAGAAGAACAUACUUCAUGGUAGUCAGUCGUGUGUUUUUCCCUUCUCUUUUACCCUUCUGGACUAUGUGAUCUUAUCUCAUGUUACUACAAGCCAUCUAGAGCAUAAUGAAAUAUGAUCUUAAGUUUA